AGCGGCACACCUUUAUUACAUUUCGCCCGUUUCUUCCCGUCCUCCAACCAUCCGUUUCCUCCUCCCUCCCUCCCUCCUCUGCUCCAGCCUUCCGCCGAUCCCAACCCAUCGAGAGCGCCCCCGCGAUACUAGCCGAGUCGCAUCGCAUCGGAGCCACCGACGAGCCGGCGGUGACGUCCGCCGAUCCGCCGCGGCGGGCAAAUGGGAGUUGGGCGGCCGCGGUGAUGGGCGCGGCGGGGUCCAGGCUGGAGAAGGCGCUGGGCGAGCAGUUCCCCGAGGGCGAGCGCUACUUCGGCCUCGAGAACUUCGGCAACACCUGCUACUGCAACAGCGUCUUGCAGGCACUUUACUUCUGUGUUCCUUUCCGUGAGCAAUUACUGGAGUACUAUGCAAACAAUAAAGGCGCCGGAGAUGGUGAAGAGAACAUGUUAACCUGCUUAGCUGACCUCUUCUCUCAGAUCAGCAACCAGAAGAAGAAGACGGGGGUUAUUGCUCCAAAGCGUUUUAUACAACGACUGAAGAAACAGAAUGAGCUUUUCCGCAGCUAUAUGCACCAGGAUGCUCAUGAAUUUCUGAAUUUUUUGCUGAAUGAGCUAGUUGACAUUCUUGAGAAAGAAUGUAAUGCCACUAAAGAACCUCCUCAAAAUUCCUCCUUGCAAAAGAAUUCAAAUGGCCCUAUUAAUGGUCAGCCCAAUGGUAGUCACAGAGAACUGGAUACUACAUGGGUCCACAAAUGCUUCCAGGGAAUACUGACUAAUCAAACAAGAUGUCUCAGAUGUGAAACCGUCACUGAUAGAGAUGAAACAUUUCUUGACCUGAGCUUGGAUAUAGAACAGAAUAGUUCGAUCACCAGCUGUCUUAAAAACUUCAGCUCAACAGAAACUUUGAAUGCUGAGGAUAAGUUCUUCUGUGACAAAUGCUGCAGUUUGCAAGAAGCACAGAAAAGAAUGAAGAUAAAGAAACCACCAAACAUCCUGGUAAUUCAUCUCAAGCGCUUCAAGUACAUUGAGCAGCUUGGCCGCUAUAAAAAACUAUCAUACCGAGUUGUUUUCCCUCUGGAGCUUAAACUCAUCAACACUGUCGACAAUUCAGACUUGGAAUAUUCCCUUUUUGCUGUGUUAGUUCAUGUUGGAAGUGGGCCAAAUCACGGCCAUUACAUCAGCUUGGUAAAGAGCCACAACCACUGGUUGUUCUUUGAUGAUGAGAAUGUUGAGAUGACUGAUGAGUCCAUGGUGCAGACAUUCUUUGGCUCAGCACAGGAAUUCAGUGGUAACACUGAUAAUGGUUACAUACUGUUCUAUGAAAGCGUAGCUAAAACAAGUUGAUGCAUUUCUCACAUCUCGCAAUUAGUUACACAGUUUUCCUUUUGUUAUCACACUUCCUACUCUGGGCUAUAUAGAAGAUUCAGUAUAUUAGAAUAAGUUGAAUGCAAGACCGUUCAACUUUAGAUGUUAUGGUGGAUUCAGCAUUUAGCAAUAAUAAUAAACUGUGGCAAGUUUUGGGUAAUAUAGCCGCAGAACUCCACAGUUUUGUUUUUGUUUUCUUGUUAUUUGGUUCAUAGUACAAGUUGUAUCAAUCUUGGAAUAAUUUUUGUUAAAGACAUUUAUCAUGUAAAGUGAGAUGUUUGUAUCUGGAAGCCUUUUGGCUUUUGAGUAAAAUUUUGUCCGAGAGAGCCUCUGACCUGA